GCGCCUCUCUCGCUCUCGCUCCUAGUAUUUUCCGCUCUUGGCAAUCGUCUCUCUCCUUCAUCUUUCCAUCCUCGGAUUCGAUCAAUCCGCCCGUCGCUGCUGCUUCUUUCUCUGUUUGCAGUCCACAAUCAUUUCGAUUUGUGGUUGGCUACUCUUGGUUUUAUUGGGUAGAGGAACGGCACGCUCGGAUCUGUUAUUGAGGGUUUCCUUUCUUGAUUCGCCCUUUCCCGGGAGGUUUUCGCUUCAUAGAUCGUCCUCUGGGUGCUGAUGGCAUUACAGGUGGGAAGCUCCCUUCGCGUUGUGUCCGUUGCUCGUUGUUUUCUCUGAUUUCCGCUUGCUGCUGGGCGAUCUCUUGUCCUCCAAUUUUGACAAGGUUAUCCGAUCAUAGCUUGUAUGGUGCGCAAACCCAGAGUUUUGCAGCUGAGGGAUUGACAGUAGUGGCUUCUUUUUUUCUUUUUCAUUAUUGUUCAUGCAUUGCGGUCUGGUGUUCUUGAGAGAUGGUAUCUGUGAACCUAGGAGUCCUCCAUUAUGUUCUGGACCAUAUCUAUGGGGCAUUUGUUCAUAGAACCAAAUUAACUACACCCUUUUUCUCAAAGGGAUGGGGAGGAAGCAAGCUUGAUUUGUUGGAGCGUUUUGUCAAGCAGCUCUUCCCAGCAACUGAAACUCAGAAUUGGCCACCAACUCUAGUGCAACCUAAGUGGAAGACUGUGUGGGAGACAAGUAAUGCAUGCCUGAGAGAAGGUAUUUUCAGGACCCCUUGCGACGAGCAACUCAUCAAUGCAUUACCUCCCGAGAGCUAUAAUGCAAGAGUUGCUUUUCUGGUGCCAAAAACUGUUCCACCACAGAAGAUGGCUUGUGUAGUCCACCUAGCAGGCACCGGAGAUCAUACAUUUGAGAGAAGGCUGAGACUUGGUGGACCACUGUUGAAGGAGAACAUUGCAACUAUGGUGCUUGAGAGCCCAUUUUAUGGACAACGACGUCCUAGACUGCAGCGUGGUGCAAAGCUUCUUUGUGUGAGUGACUUGCUACUGCUAGGGAGAGUAACUAUUGAUGAAUCACGUAGUCUCUUGCACUGGUUAGAAGUUGAGGCUGGUUUUGGCAAGACAGGCAUAUGUGGCCUUAGCAUGGGGGGUGUGCAUGCUGCAAUGGUUGGGUCUCUGCAUCCGAGACCAAUUGCCACGCUGCCAUUUCUUGCUCCCCACUCUGCAGUUGUAGCUUUUUGUGAAGGGGUCUUGAAAUACGCCACGGCAUGGGGGGCGCUGAGAGAAGAUGGUGAACAGAAGACAGGGAUGACACUGGAACAAGCCAGAGAACGGCUGCGCUCAGUGUUAUCGCUUACCGACGUUACUCGGUUCCCAAUUCCUAAAAUUCCUGAGGCUGUCAUUUUUGUAGCUGCUACUGAUGAUGGAUAUAUUCCAAAACAUUCAGUUUUGGAGCUUCAGAAAGCAUGGCCAGGCUCAGAAGUGAGGUGGGUGACAGGUGGUCACGUUUCAUCCUUUCUUCUCCACAAUGAUGAAUUCCGCAAGGCGAUCGUGGAUGCUCUCAACAGAUUGCAGUGGAGAGAAGAAUCAUGAUAUCCACCCAUCAUUGUGGAUAUCAUAAAUAGUUACGUUAAUUAAUAAAUGAAUUAUUCUUUGUAUUAUGGGAUUUUCAACUGCAAAAUGUUCCAAUUCCCUGAUUCAAAGUAUCUAGUGAUCACUGGGUUGACAACAAAAUCAAAAUCCUUCUUUGUAA